UUGACAACCAAUUUUAGUGAAUAAAAUGAUUUUUUCGAUUGUUAAAUAAUAUGAAUAUGUUAAAUUAUGGGUGAUAUUCACAAUAUUCCACCGCUCACAGCAGAAUCCAAGAACGUUCUUCCGGAUGUCGUACAUUCUCAACAGAUUCCCGCGGAAGGGACCGCGGUAACCGAUACAGAAGCAUCUCAAAUAGAUACGCCACACAAUGAUACAGGAACUCCAGUCAUUAAAGAAGAUGACAGCCAGACGGAGUCCAUAUCUGAACACAUUCCCUCCAAAAUGGAGUAUUCCAUUACUGAAUCAGAUAAUGCUGGCGGGGUACAGUCAGGGCUGCUCCAAGUGGGGCAGCAUGACACAGAUCCAUCACGCAAUAGCUCUUUAAACAUACCACUUGCCCCGUCCUCCAGUGAUAACCCUAGUCCACAAGAUCCCAGCAAAAGCACCUCAUGGCCUGACCCUAAGUCAACAGAUAUUUAUCACAUAAGUGAAGAAAGCCCUGUGAAUUUAGCAUCCGAAUCAGUAUCCAAAGACACUCAUGAAACUCUACAGGCUGAAGAGAAAUCUCAACAUGAAAAACCACAAGAAUCUCCAAGAAGUGACAAAUAUCUUGAUUCACUUAAUGAGGAAACAUAUCCUAAGUCAAAUGUAUCCGAGGAUGAACAUGAGAUUGAAAAGCGUAGUCAUUCUUCUGUGUCACCGCCAUUGUCUGUGGGGGAAGAUUCCCUAAAACUUGCUAGUUCAGGGUCUGAAGAGAUCAUAAAGUUAGACAUAAGAGGCCAUGGUGCUCCUAAAUUUCCACUCUCAGCUGCCAAAAUUAUUUUUGGGCCUCCUCCAGACGGUAGUACCAUAGUUGAUGAGGAAAUUCAGCCCUUACCAGUAUUCCAGACCCUUAUGUCCCCUUUCCUAGUUGGAGCUGGGGAAAUGAAGGUGGAAGAGCUAUUUGAUGAGAAGGAAUCUCAAGGUGAAAUGGAGAGAGACAGUUUGUCAAGUAUAGACAAAAUCGAACAAAGUGAUUUGUUAGUAGAGGAGGUUGUUAUAGAUGAUACGAAAGAAAAGUUGCAGGAUGAGUCUAUGCCCAGUAUGCCGCAGCCAAAGUCCCUGGGUGACACCAUGUCUUUUAGUACAAUGACGACAGACUACAAGACAAUAUGUGAAGAGUUUCAAGCUAAGCUUGUGCAUUUGGAGUCGGCUAUCACGAAGCGCGACGCACUAAUCGAGGAACUCACCGUUACCUUACAGCGCUCGAUCCGCGACCGGGACGCUCUGGCCCUAGAGAACCAGCACCUUUGCCAUGAGAUCUCCCAACGCGCUGAGACCUCCGAACAUGACACCAUCAAACAACAACUCUCCGACUAUGUCAAAUACGAAAGCAUGCUCAAAGAAGACACCAAGUUCUAUUCAGCUUUAAUGAGUAGCGGCUCAUCAGCCAAAAGCUCAAACGGAGAAAAAGAUAAUGACCGCGAAGAAAUGACUGUCAACUAUUCUAAAUCCGACUUGAAAUCUGAUUCUGACGAUUUCCAAGGUUUUGAAACUAAAUUAAAUGAAGUAAUAAACAGAUUUGAAGAGAGCAUUGAAGAGAAUUUAAGGAAUAAGAUCAGGGAGAGUCUUAUUCAAGUUUUGUGCGACGAAAUAGCUCGGAUUAGGAUAGAAUCUGAUACCGAUGUUAAAGAACUUGAAACACAGUUGCGGCAAGACAAACAUGCUUUCAACGUGGAGACGAGACGGUUGAGAGAACUGCUGGCUUCGGUGAAGGCUGGUAAUGCUGAUAUUGAAGAGUUGAGAGAGGAGCUCGACUGCAAACAUGAGAAGGAGAUGGAGAAUCUCAGAAUGUAUUUUGAGAAGAAAUGCUCGGAUAUGGAGAGAAGCUACUCGGAAGAAGUGUACCGCGGUCGAGCCUGUGCGUCGCCUCAAUCCGCGUCAUCUCUGGAGGCCCCCAAUGAGGCUGGCGAUUAUCUUCGAAGAAGGACAAGAAGCGCUGACCUACCUUCUUUGACAAACGAGAUGCCGCCACUAGAGUUCGCUGUGAAGCAGGCGAACAGACGAGCAGACGUUCAACAAUUAGAAGAUCUGAAAGCCGAGCAUGCAACCCUAGUGAAAGAGAUGCAAGACCAACACCGAUUGACAGUUACUGCUCUACAAGAACAGAUCAACCAGCUAAAAGCGCACGUGCAAACCGCUGAAAACACAGAAUCGAACGUCUCGCUCUACCAACAAGAUAUAGACUUGGAGCUAGAAAAGGACGCCGCGUUUGAGGAGCGCCUGGAGCAAGCCAAACAGGAGGUUAUACAGCAGCUGCAGGAACAAAUACAGGUGCUGCUUUCGGAUCCCGACGCUGAGCUCUCCAGCUGGCCGCUGGAGCUGGUAGCGCUGCGGGACAAGAUACACGACGCGCGCCCUGAGAAAGAGUUGUCGAGCCUGCGCGAGGAGGCCGGCGAGGCGGACAAAUGGAAGCAGCGGCGCCACACCACCUUCGACCAGAACCGGCACCUUGAAGAAGUCACUAAAGAAAGGGACAGCUUCAAACGCGUAGCCACAAGUCUCCAAAGGAUCGUCGGACAACUGGUCGCGUACUGCGCCGCCGCGGAAGAUGAACUCAACCGCACUGUACUUGCCGAGCUGCUCUCGCGAUUGCUACCCGAAGCAUCUGUAAUCGACGAGCCGCGUCCCUCCUCGCCCAACCUCGACCUAUCUGUCCGAAGCAAGCACGUCCACUUCGCCCCAGACCUCUCCGUACUCGCCGACUUAGAUUCAGAGGGUGUAGCCGGUUUCCUGCAGGGUCAGAGGGACGUUAGCAUCGAUAUCAAGAGAGACCUGGAACUUAGUUUGAGAAGAUUGAGAGAAGAAGCACAUGAGCUCUUAGAAACAGCUGCAAAAGUUAAAGGAAAACCAAUACCAGAGUCGCCUAUGCUGGAGUCCAGUCAGGUGCAGAUCACAGAACUAGUGGAUCAGCUGGAUUCUAGACACAAUAGCUGUGAAAACUGCGAACUACAUAGAAAGAACAUGGAGGAGGCAAUGACGGAAUGUCUGCAGCGCGAGAAUCUUCUCCGUUCGGAUUUGGAAGCGUCUUUAAUAAAAAUCGCACAACUCAUGCAGUCUGAGAGACAUUCAUGCGAUCUCGUAGUCGAAGGGUACGGCACGGGCCAGCACCACCAGUCGCCCGCGUCGCUGCCCGCGCGCGCGCCGCCGCGCCGCGCGCCGGACUCCGGCUCGGUGUCACUAGACGGCGGCUCCUCGCCGCGCGUGCUCAGGGCCAGCUACGACGCGCUGCACAGGGAGAGGGAUGACUUGCAGCAGCAGCUGGAAGCAGCCAACCGCCAGCUGCGCUCGACCCGGUCAUUCGUGGAAGAACAAGCCGCCGAGCGCGAGGCGGAAAGAGACGAGUUCGCACGAAGACUCGACGCCAUGCGAGACGAGAAUAACAGGCUCACAUCGCGGCUGCAGACCAACGCUACUAUACUCAACGAGAUGCUUAACCUGCGUAUCAGUUGUUGCAACUGCCAAGAGCACUAUGCACAUGUGGAGCAACUGGAAGCUCAAACCCGCGAGAUGAACACCCUCAUCCAAGACCUGGAAGCCCGCAAAGCUGCUGCUGAUGACGAAUUAAAAGCCACCAACGAGAAGAUAUUGCUACUGAGAGAUAUCAUCGCUAAUCUGGAGAACCAGUUAGAACAGAAGACGGCUCAUGAAGCAGUCAUUCUGGAACAGCUGGAAGAAAUGAGAAAGACGAUCGACGAGCGAGACAACAAGAUGCGCGGGUUACUCGGCGAGCUGGAAUCACUCAGGAGCGAGAAAGCAGAGCUCAGUGAGGCUGUCUCUCUCGGCGACAACGACGAUCGGGCCGAGGAACUCAUGGAGAGAAUUAAGGAACAGAGUCGUUGGCUGGAAGAGAAGCUUCACCGUCGCACGCGACGAUUAGAACGCGUCCACGAGACCUGCUCAGCGCCAUGCAGUGAGCCCAGCGAAGAUGUCUCAUUACGAGAUCGCCAAGGCCCGAGAGAGACCAUAUCCCCCGGAGACGCGAGCCCUCGCUGGCCGGGCAUGCCUGAGCUUCUCGGAGUUUUCGAAGCGGUAGAAACUUUAUCCAGAGCCGAAGACGCAGCGCUCAAACGAAUCGCGGACUUAGACAUGCAGCGAGCUCAACUCACCGAUGUUGCACAGGAGGUGCGCGCCGAACGCGAUGUGCUUCAAGCGCGAAUGUCCGAGCAAGCGCUCAAGAUAUCCUCCCUGUCAGCGCGGCUCGAGACCCAGCGGAACAACGCAGAAGCGCUGGCGCACCAGGCGGCUCACCAGCUCACCGUCAGCCUGCACGACGCGCUAGCUGAGCUGAGGUCAGUAGUGACGUGCGAGAUAUGCUCCCUGUCAGCGCGGCUCGAGACCCAGCGGAACAACGCAGAAGCGCUGGCGCACCAGGCGGCUCACCAGCUCACCGUCAGCCUGCACGACGCGCUAGCUGAGCUGAGGUCAGUAGUGACGUGCGAGAUAUCCUCCCUGUCAGCGCGGCUCGAGACCCAGCGGAACAACGCAGAAGCGCUGGCGCACCAGGCGGCUCACCAGCUCACCGUCAGCCUGCACGACGCGCUAGCUGAGGUCAGUAGUGACGUGCGAGAUAUCCUCCCUGUCAGCGCGGCUCGAGACCCAGCGGAACAACGCAGAAGCGCUGGCGCACCAGGCGGCUCACCAGCUCACCCGCUCGCACGCAGCAAGGUGCAGAGAGUACAUGCGAAACCGGAAGAUGCCGGUCGCGUCAGAGCGCGGCCGCGCUGCGUUACGCUGCCGUGUCGCGCGCGGCGCGUGCGAGAGAGCCAAAUACCAAUCGCGUCGCCGCUGCCGGAGAUUAACUACUGA